AUGAACUGGAAUAUUCGUCGGAAGAGGAAGACACUACAAUUCAAGACGCAUUGGCUCAACUGCAGAAAAAAGACAAACUACAACCUAUUGAUCAUUCAAAAAUUGAUUCCAGAAUUAGCGAAAAUGUCGAAAGAAGACGUUAAAGAAUAUAGAGCUAGUCUAGAGAAUAUCCGUGUACGCGGUAGAGAAUGCCCUAAACCUCUUCGCAACUGGGUGCAAGCAGGCAUUAGUUCUCGUCUUUUGGCAUGUUUAAAAAGAAAUAAUUUCGAAAAGCCUACACCAAUACAGUGUCAAGCUUUGCCCGUUAUAAUGUCUGGUCGUGAUAUGAUCGGCAUCGCCAAAACAGGGAGUGGAAAAACUCUGGCUUUCUUGGUGCCGCUUAUGCGUCACUUGGAACAUCAGGCCCCACUUAACCCUGGAGAUGGUCCGAUCGCUCUCCUUCUAGCACCUACUCGGGAGUUGGCGCUACAGAUAUAUAAGGAAGCGAAAAAGCUAUGCCAGACCGCUGAUGCUCGUGCAGUUUGUGUUUAUGGUGGAACUGGCAUUAGUGAGCAGAUUGCUGAACUUAAACGUGGCGCUGAAAUCAUUGUUUGUACUCCCGGUCGUAUGAUUGACAUGCUUGCUGCCAACGGAGGUAGAGUGACGAAUUUACGUCGAUGUUCCUAUGUUGUGCUGGAUGAAGCGGAUCGCAUGUUUGAUUUGGGAUUUGAGCCUCAAGUGAUGCGGAUCAUUGAGAAUUGUCGUCCUGAUCGUCAGACUUUAAUGUUUUCAGCUACCUUCCCUAGACAGAUGGAGAUUCUCGCUCGUAAAGUACUUACACUGCCUAUAGAAAUACAGGUGGGAGGAAGAUCUGUUGUCUGUUCAGACGUUGAGCAGCACGCUUUCAUUUUAUCAGAAGAAGAAAAAGUGUACAAAGUUCUUGAAUUGCUUGGCUUAUAUCAAGAAGAAGGUAGUGUUUUGAUUUUUGUGGAGAAACAAGAAAGUGCAGAUGAAUUAAUGCGCGUAUUACUGAAGUAUGGAUACCCGUGUCUUUCUCUUCAUGGUGGCAUUGAUCAGUAUGAUCGUGACUCCGUUAUAACUGAUUUCAAACGUGGUGAUAUUCGUCUUCUAAUAGCUACUUCGGUUGCUGCCCGUGGUCUUGAUGUCACUGACUUAGUGUUGGUCAUCAAUUAUGACUGUCCGAAUCACUAUGAGGACUAUGUUCAUCGUUGUGGACGUACUGGACGUGCAGGUCGUAAAGGUUUUGCGUACACAUUUCUUACUCCUGAUCAAGAACGAAAUUGUGGUGAUGUUGUUCGCGCAUUUAAACAAAGUGGCCAGAAGCCUCCUGAAGAGUUAAUGAAUAUGUGGAAUGCUUACAAGAUUCGGAUGGAAAGUGAAGGCAAAAAAGUUUACGGUUCUUCGGGAUUUCGUGGUAAAGGAUUCAUGUUUGACGAAGUGGAGGCUCAACUAAAUAGUGAAAAGCGUCGCCUUCAAAAAGCUGCACUUGGAUUACAAGAUUCAGAUGAUGAAGACGGUGAUGGUAAUGUUGACUGGGAUUCGAAAAUUGAAGAUAUGUUGGCUACGAAAACAAAAAUCAAAGAUGUAUCAAAAAGUAGCACAACAGAAAAUAUUUCUGAUAGUACAGAAGUUAGUGCUCAAGCUGGUCAGGCUGUCGUGAAUGCAGCUUUAGCACUUGCCCGUCAAAAAGCUGCACAGCUAGGACUUGUUAAAAAUUUGACUGUUGGUGCUCCAACCACUCUUCAGGCAACAACAGCAACAACUCCGAGUGCCAGCGAUCCCACCGUUGUUAAUACAGCCGCAAUUGCAGCUGCUGCAUCUAUACCGAUACCUCCUGCUCUAGCAAGUCGUACAUUGGCUGAACAAGCUGCUGAACGUCUAAAUGCAAAACUAGGUUACAACAAACAAGGGCAAGCCUCAGGUGACGAGGAAAACACUGCAAGUAGCGCCGCUGCCGGUAGUGACAUAAUUAGACGGUACGAGGAAGAGCUGGUCAUUAAUGACUUCCCUCAAAAUGUCAGAUGGCGCAUAACAGGCCGUGACAUGCUAAAUCACCUAAGCGACUACUGUGAUGUCGGUGUUUCUGUACGAGGAAUAUAUAUGUCACCUGCCAAGGCUAAGCAGCAUAUACCAGAGGGUUCUGACGACAGACCGCUUUAUUUGUGUAUCGAGGCUGUAAACGAAAGACAGGUCGCCCUAGCUAAGAAGGAGAUUAUGCGCAUUAUCAAAGAAGAAUUAGUAAAAUUGCAGUCAGUAAAUUCAAUUAAUCGUGGACGCUACAAAGUUGUUUAA